AUGAAGAAGUAUCGAAAACGGAGGUUCAACGGAUACGGUGUCCCCAUUACAUGCACAACCUCCUUUGACUUUGUAGGCUGGGAGGCCUGGGGCAAUUGGAGGCGGUCUGCGACUGGCACGCUGAUCACGGAUCAUGGGCGCGAUCUUAAGCUACUGGAUGGGACGUAUGACGACUGUCUUCAUUGCGAUUAUCCAUCUCAAUGUCGGCAGAGGAUGUCUCAGCUCCAGAUACAUACCCGUCGUGGGUUAUACCGCAUCGAGGAGUACCAGUUCGCAUCCGACGGAGGCAAACGGUCGUCGAAUAGCCCUUCCAUGGCACUAAGUCGGGACGACAAUCUAGUUAUGAACGAGCCUACAAAGCUCGAUUGUCCCCCAAACUCUAUUGGGAAGCCGCGCUCGCCUGCUGUGGAUGCUUCAAACAUGAGCGAGGAGCAGCUGUUUGGCUACCUCGAGGAGGAUGAUGACAUGAUGCCUUUGGACUAUCGCCCCACCACGAAUGGGCUGAGAGUUCGUAAUCAUUGCGAGCAGGACUGGGAGGAUUCUAGUAGCGAGUCAGGUAGCGACGACGACGAGGUAUUGGUAGAUUCAAACGGGAAUUUCUUACAAUCCCACAAUAAGACCAGUGCCGACGAGGGGAGCCUGGCAUCCCUGAUAAAGGCGAACAAUGCUUGGCUGCGGGGAGAUCAGUCUUUUCAUUUCUAG